AUGGCUCCCCACGGUCUGAAGCAUUUAUCCAAUGUCCUGGCAACGCCCGACCAACUGUCGAACUCUUCAUCCUCGAUCGACAAUGUCCCAUCAGACCUCGAAACCUCCAUUCGUUGCGCGGGCGCCCAACUCACUCAAACUGCCGGGGUUCUCCUACACCUAUCGCAAGAUAUAAUUGCCCAGGCUGUCGUGAUCUUCACGCGUUUUUGGCUUGGCGCUGACGGGGGUAGCUUGCGAAUCUACUCAGUCAAGGAUGUAUCCGCCGCAGCCUUGUACCUGACAGCUAAGCUUUCCUUCCAACCGACCUCCCCACGCUCCGUUCUCAAUGUCUACACAUUUCUCCUAUCGCAAGAUGCAUCGCCCUUGUGGUUUGUGAAACAGAGCGGGGCUCCUGAAACCCCUCCAUCCCCCGAAACCUAUAUCCUUUCCGAGGGAGGCUACCAGUCCGCCCGGCUAGUCCUCCUCCGCACUGAAACGAGUAUUCUCCGUACUCUCGGCUUUGAUACACAUGUCGCUCUACCACACACUAUCGCUUUGACAUAUCUUCAAACUUUAGGUGUGGCGAAGCCCGCUGUGGCUCAACGGGUCAUCCAGCACCUCAAUGCUGCGCUGCUCUCACCCCAGCUUCUUUAUGUCACCCACCAACCAAAUGCCCUGGCUGUGGCUGCUAUCUACCUCGCUUCACGCGAGGAGGAGGUCAAGCUCGUGGAUGGCGAGUGGUGGGAAGUCUUUGAUGUCGAUCGCGAAGAGCUGGGCUUUUUGGUCGUAGGCAUGAAGAGUACAGAAGGCUUUAUGCGGGCGGAGGUCAGUCGGUGGAAGAACAGAGCUAUUCCAAUGGUAGUAGAUGAAGUGGAUGCCGAAAUUGAGCGACGGCGAAUGAUGGAGGAGGGUGAAUGA